AUGAGGAAAACAAGGCUAGUCAGAGAAGACCUUAGCCUGGAGCCAAUGACAUUCCCACCCUUGAAUAACACGUUUGUGUCCAGAGGACAUAUGUUUCAAGGGAGUCAGCAAGAUAAGAAGUUGAUUGUUGAGAAUUUCUUGAGAGAACUGGGCAUCAAUGCCAUAUUGGAAGAUGAAUCUGAAGAAGGGAGAGCUAUGAGCAUCUACCCCGCACCACCAGACUUUAUGUUGAAUAAUUGGACUGCGGAGGAUUUACCUGUAGUUUUCAAGUCUUUUUCAAAAUUGCCAAUAAAGCCUGAGUUUAAGCCUGUACAACAAAAGCUGAGAAUGAUGAGAGUCGAGAUACCACUAAAAGUUAAAGUAGAAGUGAAGAAACAAUUAGAUGACGGGUUUCUUAAAGUGGGCAAGUACCCUGAGUGGGUAGCAAAUAUUGUCCCAGUACUAAAGAAUGAUGGGAAAAUCCGUAUAUGUGUUGACUACAGAGAUCUCAAUAAAGCCAAUCCGAAAGAUAAUUUUCCUUUGCCACACAUAGACACCUUGUUGACUGAGAAAUGUGAUCCUAUUUUUUACCUCCUCCGCAAGAAUAACUCAAGGGCAUGGAGUGAUGAUUUCCAAGAAGCUUUCGAAGCAGUUAAGUGA